AAAACUCAUGAAAGGAGUCACAGAGGAGAAAAAUCUUUCACAUGUACAGAGUGUGGAAAAUGUUUUACAGAAAAGAGUAGUCUGAAAACUCAUGAAAGGAUUCACACAUGGGAAAAGCCGUUCACAUGUACAGAGUGUGGAAAAAGAUUUACACAUAUAAAUUGUCUGAAAACUCAUGAAAUGAUUCACACAGGAGAAAAGCCUUUCACAUGUACAGAGUGUGGAAAAAGUUUUACAGAAAAGAGUAAUCUGAAAACUCAUGAAAGGAUUCACACAGGAGAAAAGCCUUUCACAUGUACAGAGUGUGGAAAAAGCUUUACACAAAUGAAUCAUCUAAAAUAUCAUGAAAUGAUUCACACAGGAGAAAAGCCUUUCACUUGUACAGAGUGUGGAAAAAGUUUUACACAAAAGAGUGAUCUGAAAAAGCAUGAAAUGGUUCACACAGGAGAAAAUCCUUUCACAUGUACAGAGUGUGGAAAAAGUUUUAAACAAAAGAGUCAUCUGAAAAAGCAUGAAAUGGUUCACACAGGAGAAAAGCCAUUCACGUGUACAGAGUGUGGAAAAAGUUUUACACAAAAGAGUGAUCUGAAAAAGCAUGAAAUGGUUCACACAGGAGAAAAGCCUUUCACAUGUACAGAGUGUGGAAAAUGUUUUACACAAAUAAGUAGUCUGAAAACUCAUGAAAGGAUUCACAAGGGAAGAAACCUUUAA